AUUUAUGCCGGUGAGGCUCCAUCGGCUCCCUCCUGUUGUAACGCUAAACUUGCCAGGGUCAAACGUGCACAGAAAUUAUGUUCUUAAAGAUAGAUAGGUGUGCUCAAAGGGUAUAGCCUACUGAUCCAUUUUAUAAUAACUGUAGCCUAUGAUAAGGACUAUGGGGGAUGUGUUGCAGGCACAGGCAGUGUCUAGGCUGAAAUGCUGGUAUAUCAUAUUGUACCCAAAUAAAACCCGCAGAAAAUCCUGCAAGACAGAUGCUAAGGCAAGCACCGCCGACUCUCCCGUGGACAAUGCUGUGUGGCAUGCAUGUGGUGCAGAUUAGGAGGAUCGUUUUUCGUUGAAAGGCAGUGAGUGCGUGUCUGCUGCAAUUACCUGAUUGGUGGGAGAAUCUCUAAAAAUGGACGUGCUGCACAGAUGCAUGUUCGUGGUCCCAAACAAAGACUCCUUGAAGUUAUUCUGGUGUAAAACUACAGUGCGGAGCAAUCAAAAGAACAUUGAUUGCAUGAGGGCAGACUGACACCAUGUGUCCCUAAAAUGAUGGUGGGGGAAGAAGCCGUCUUUCUCUCACAUUGGCUGUAACACACACACACACGCACACGAACUACACAAAAGGCUACGCACUUCACAAAAAAGGCUACACACUCACACCCCUCCCCGCUUCUUCUGCUCUCAUAUUCUUUUUGCAGUAGCCUAUGAUGCAUCAUUGACAGCCCCCUGUUCCCCCAUGACGGAAUACUAGGGCUGCAAAUAGACAGGUUAUCAAUUAUUAUCUGUCAUCUAUCUCGCCAAGGUCGGGAGCGAGACCACAGUAUCCGAGGCAACCUUUUGAACCAGGAGCGGUGCAAGGCAUUUCUCGCUGAAUCGCCAGUGUUGCCCAAGUCAAAAGCCCCCUGAGGCCGGGGGAAUCGUGCAUUUUCACUCCACCAGAGCUGCACCCACUUACACGCUUUCUUCGGGAUCGCUCCGUGUGAAACGCGAGCAGAAAAAAAAGAAAGUGAAAUGGAACUGAGUGGCUGUGAGAAACGUUGACAGUAUUUCCACUUGCGGUGCGUAAAGGGGGAACAGCGGCAGGAGUAGCCUAGUCUUAACCAUCACAUCUAUUCCUCGUGCUAUAUCUAAUCAAUUAACUUUAGCUGAUUUUCAAUUCAUUAUUUGUAUUUAGGCUACGUAGAGCCUAGGUUUGUCCACAUCAGACGUCACAAUGAUGACUCCAAGAGACCCAAAGCCCAAGAAGAAACCGCCGAAAGACAGCUUGACUCUGUUGCCAUGCUUCUAUUUUGUAGAGCUGCCCAUUGUGGCUUCUUCUAUGGUGUCGCUCUACUUCCUGGAGCUGACGGACCUGCUCCAGCCUGCCCAGGUAGGCUUCCGUUGCCAUGACCGCAUGCUGAGCAUGCCCUACGUUGACGGUGGAGAUGAGCUCAUCCCUCUACUCAUGCUGCUCAGCCUGGCCUUCGCUGGCCCCGCCGCUUCGAUCAUGAUGGGCGAGGGCCUGGUCUACUUCAUGCAGUCACGCCUUAAGAUCCGCCCCGGGGUGGAGGGCAGCAUCAACGCCGGCGGGUGCAACUUCAACUCCUUCCUUCGGCGAACAGUGCGCUUCGUAGGUGUCCAUGUGUUUGGGUUGUGUGCCACGGCUCUAAUGACUGAUGUGAUUCAGUUGGCCACAGGUUAUCACACUCCCUUCUUCCUGACUGUGUGCAAGCCCAACUACACACAGCCAGGGGUGGCCUGUGAUAAAAACCCCUACAUCACCAAGGACAUCUGCUCCGGUCACGACCAGCACGCCAUCGUCUCUGCCAGGAAAACCUUUCCCUCCCAGCACGCAACCCUGUCUGCCUUUGCUGCUGUGUACAUAUCAAUGUACUUCAACUCAACCAUCUCAGACAGCACCAAGCUGCUGAAGCCAGUGUUGGUGUUUGCGUUUGCCAUCGUGGCGGCGCUAACCGGCCUCACCCAGAUCACCCAGUACCGCAGCCACCCCAUCGACGUCUACGUGGGCUUCCUCAUAGGGGCCGGCAUCGCUGCUUACCUGGCUUUCCAUGCCGUUGGCAACUUCAGGUCCUCCGACGACAUCAUCAUCAAGCCAGCUCCGCCCCCCCAGAAGGAGGACGCCCUGCGAGCUCUGACCCAACGGGGCCACGACUCGGUCUACAACAAAGGUGUCGCCUCAGCAUCGGAGAGCGCCGACGAGAUCGCUGCGCCACCCUCCCUGGACCGGCUGGAGGGCAUGGGGCGGCCACUACAGCGCGAGAAAGCUUCUAUCGGGAGCUUGAAAAGGGCCAGUGUGGACGUGGAGCUCCUGGCGCCCCGCAGCCCCAUGGGCCAGCAGACCAUGGUGACCUUCAGCAACACGCUGCCCAGAUCUAGCAUGAACGCUAACGGAGGCCUGGGCUCUAACGGGGGACCAGAGGAGUCCAUGAUGCCUACUCAACCCGUACAAAGGAGGCUCAAGGCUGUGCAAGUGCCCAUGGACCCCAUGCGCUCACAGCAGUUGGUGACGGAGUGGAAGCAGAAGUCCAUGGAGAUGCGGGGUCUGAGCCUUAGGGAUGAAGCCGAGCGAGAUGCCAGUGAGGAGGGCUCCGAAGGGGGGGAGGAAGGGUCCGAGGACGGGGGGCCACAGGCCUCGCUCUAUCCAUCUAUGGUGCAGUCCAACAGGGGAGCUUCUGCCGGCCAAUCCCCGUCAGUACCCCCCCACAUCCCCGAGGCAGGUCCCCCGCCAGUGUCACCCAAAAGCGCACUAACCCGCGCCAAGUGGCUGUCCAUCACAGAGAAGAGCGGUGGUGGCGGGUCGAUUCGCGGGGCACCCAACCAGCCGCGCAUCAUGCAGGUGAUCGCCAUGUCCAAGCAGCAGGGUCUCCUCCCUUCCUCCUCCUCAGGGGGCACGCCCAAGUCCUCCGAGACCACCUCCACCUCCUCAUGCACCUCCUCUACGGCCAGUGCCGAUUCGCCCCACUACCGCCCACCCUCAGAGGCCCAGCGUGAUUCGGCCAUCAUCACCGUAGACGCCCACGCCCCCCACCACCCGGUGGUGCACUGGCCCGCCCCCUGCUCGGGCAACGGGAACCCCUGGGAGUGGAGGGGCGCGUCCAACGGCAGCGACCCUCGAGACUCCUACGAGCUCAACGACCUGAACCGCGGCGACAGCGUUGGUGCUCGCGGCAGCACUGGCAGUUUCCGGCCACACCAGACCAUCUCGCCGUGCUCCUCCACUGGCGACGGAGACCCAGAGAUGCUUCCCCCUCUGCCCCUCCCCCAUGCGGAGGUCUCCCACGACGGGAGAAGCCGGGAGUCCACUUUACGACGCAAGACUGCGCUAGUCCUCCUGGAGAGGGACAUUCAAUUUCAAAACAAGAGUGAGCAGGAGAACUACUAUAAAAAAAUACAGGGUGGCCGGAGGUAUAAGGAUUAGUCACUAACUAACUGAUAAGCCUUACAGUCAAACCACAAAAGAGCACAAAACCUGGACUGACAAGCUGGGCUCUGCUAUUACGCAUCUCUCGGACUUUGUGUGUUAUCAAAGGAGCUGUGCAAAACUGUUGUAGGCUACUACGAUGUAUGCUAGAUGGAGGGAAACAUCUCGAGUUGCUGUGGGACCCUGAGGUAUUUUCAGGAGCACAUAGGCGUUUUUCAAAGGUUCAAAUCAGAAGCACACCACCACGCAACACAAACCAAAAAAAAGGACAAUGUAUUAAAGCUCCGUCUACUGAGGCGAACCAGGCGGUUUUGUUACAUUUCUUUAUUGACGCCAUCUUCCUUUUCAAUGUUUCCCCUGUUAUGACCACUCGAUGGGCUGAUUGUCUAGUGUUGGAAUGGCAUCUACUGUAUGUUGUGUUCUCUCCGGUUUUAGUGCUUGAUUGCUAAUGUGUAGAUUCUGAGCAUGUAUGUCUGGGUGUUUUUGUGUGUUUGGGUCAGUGGGUCAGGUGCUUGUGUGUAUGGGUGUGUGGGUAUGUGUUGAAGAAGCAGUGUGCUUUCAAAAAACAAAAAGAUGUUAUUCUGCGGCAGAAUGUUCGGGAGGGCCACUGAUGGUGUCCAUUCUCGACAAAGUUCAGACCUUUGACCUUAACUUCAAAAUGAAGAACAACAACAAAAUGUAACAUGAACUUCCUUCUUUUAGUGGAGAAUACCACGAGGACUGAAUAUGGCUGUAAAUCGUGCAAAGGAGUGCUUUUCAAUUUCAACAUUUCCAUAUGGAUGUUACUUUCGAGACAGCGACGGGACUACCCCUUGACUUAAAGCAUUAACCGUGUGUAUUUUUUCUGGCUGGACACGGUAUAAGAGAAACCACAAUAGGAAAAGUGACAUCUGUCAUUUGAUCAAAGCGGGCAGUAUGUGUAAAAUAGAAUUGGUUAUUUUGAAGGUUUCUUUGUGCUGAUCGUUGAAAGUGAACAUGUAUACAAAUCAGCAUACUCCUGCGGAUGGACUACUGCAUGUAUGUGGCUGUCAGGUUGGAAAUACUACUUUGUCAGUAAACAAGAACAACAAACAAAAAGAAAUUCAAAGUUGUCGUUAGUAACUGAACUGUGAGGUACCAGUGUGGCAAAUGUUGCAUAUCUGAGACUUUAUUCUCCACCAAAGCCCUUCAACUUACAAUCAGAAGAUGUGUAAAUUCCUCACAACAGCUUUAGAAUAUGCUGUAUUUUGGCUUCUUUCAAAGCGCGUUCUAGUGCGGUGCACGAAAUUCCAGCCGUGUGCCUUUUUAAAGGGAAUUUACCCACUGUUAAGGAGAUCGCAUUCAUGGUAAAUGCUGCAGCUCAAACGUAAAUUCGACACACGCCUAAACAAGUGCAAUGCAUUUGUUGUCAAUGCAUUUCGGGUUGAAUCCUGGCCUUAGUGUGUCGACUAUAUCAUUUCAUUCAGCAAAUUAUGACCCAAACACACCCAUUCCUUUUUUGUUUGUUAUUAUUUUUUAGACCUUU